AUGAGCCACCACAUCCCUCAAGACAUUCUCCUCGGAAUCGAGAACAUUUCAAAGUCGGGCACUGGCGCAACAUGGAGCUUGACAAAAACUUCGCAGGGGCUUUCAUUCACAGUCACCUAUCCCGAGAACUCCGGAUGCGGUGCGCAAGACGACUCCUACGAUUCGGCCAGCUCCACAUAUUCAGACAGCGACGAUACUCUCUCCUUAUACUCCCUCGAUAGCGGAGUUUCCAGCUUGGGUUGUCCCUAG